AUGAGGUUCACGAGCAAUGCCACGAGAAAAGGGUAUUGGUCGAGAGUUCCUGUCAGCUGGUUUUUAUCCUUGGGAUGGGAAGAUUCUCCGUUGACCUCUCCAUCAACACCAACGACGACAUUAAUUUUCGUCGACAACCACGCCCAGCACGACUCCGUCAAGCAGAAGGAGGCUAAGAACGACAAGUGGCACAGGGUGGAGAGGAGCAGCGGCAAGUUCAUAAGGAGGUUCAGGCUGCCGGAGAACGCGAAGAUUGAUCAGGUGAAAGCAGCGAUGGAGAAUGGGGUGCUGACUGUGACUGUGUGUAAAGAGGAAAAGAGAAGAAAGACAAGUCCAUGCCCCCGCCAUCUGCAAUCUGCAAAGUAA